AUUUAUCAAGAAACAGUAAACAAAACAAAUGUUUCGCGCCAAAAGCUAUCUUAAAAAGCAAUCCUAAAUCCCCAGUUCCAAAUUAAACUAAAUUGAAAUUAACCCAACUUUAGGUCAGUUGGGCACAGUUCAAUUCACACCAUCGAAUGGGAAUACAUGGUCUAUUACCUCUCUUAAAAUCGAUAAUGGUGCCCAUUCACGUGAAGGAAUUAGAUGGCUGCAGUGUUGCCAUUGAUACUUAUUCUUGGCUCCAUAAAGGAGCUUUGUCUUGCAGUACCCAGCUCUGUAAAGGAUUACCCACCUCCAGGCACAUUGAUUACUGCAUGCAUAGAGUGAAUUUGCUGCGGCAUUAUGGCGUUAAACCUAUUCUUGUCUUUGAUGGUGGUCUUCUACCGAUGAAGAUUGAACAAGAGAAUAAGCGUGGAAGAUCAAGGAAAGAGAAUUUAGCACGUGCUAUUGAGCACGAAUCAAAUGGAAACUCAAAAGCUGCUUAUGAGUGCUACCAGAAGGCUGUUGAUAUUUCACCUUCAAUUGCUCAUGAAUUAAUCCAGGUUUUGAAGCGGGAGAACAUUUCUUAUGUUGUGGCUCCUUAUGAGGCUGAUGCCCAAAUGACCUUCUUGGCAGUCGGCAAACAAGUUGAUGCUGUAAUUACUGAGGAUUCUGACUUAAUACCAUUUGGCUGUCCUAGAAUUAUAUUUAAAAUGGACAAGUAUGGGCAAGGUGUUGAGUUCCAUUAUUCCCGGAUAAAGCUGAACAAAGAGUUAAGUUUUGUUGGAUUCACCCAUGAAAUGGUUCUUCAGAUGUGCAUUUUAAGUGGUUGUGACUAUUUGCCGUCACUGCCGGGAAUGGGGCUUAAAAGGGCUCAUGCACUAAUCACAAAGUUCAAAAGUUAUGACAAGGUAAUUAAGCACCUGAAAUAUAGCACAGCUUCUGUUCCUCCCCUUUAUGAAGAGUCCUUCAGGCAAGCAAUCAUGACCUUCCAGCACCAAAGGGUGUAUGAUCCUAUCACUGAAGAUAUUGUUCACUUGUCAGCUUUAGCAGACAAUCUUGUUGACAAUUUGGACUUUUUAGGCCCAUUGAUACCACAGCAUAUAGCUAAAGGUAUAGCAGAUGGUGAUCUGGAUCCAUUUACCCAAAUGCCAUUCGAGGGAGAAAGUGCUAGUUCCGCAAUGGUACUCAGAAGAACUACUGAAAUUAAAAGUGUUAAACCUGAAAGUGGAAGAAAAAAGAUAGAUUUGCCCGUGCAGAAGAAUCUCCUAACCAAGUAUUUCUGCUUUGCAUCUCUCGAAGCAAAGAGACAAUUCAGGACACCUCGAACAUCACCAAUAAAUCCAACUCUAGUAGAAAAAUCCUCUCUUGCUCCCAAGGAAAACUGCAGUCUAGCAGUUGGUUCAAGUAUAAUUCACAGCUCUUCAGCAUCACCACUUGGCUCUGGAAAUACAGAAAUCACCACGCCUGAUGAAAAUUUGGAAAGUGGUGCCUCUGAAGAUCUGGAUUAUUCAGAGUAUCGAAUGCAUGGCAUGAUUAAUGAGACGAGAAGUUCAGAACCUACUUUGCCCCAGCAACCUGGGAAUUCAAUGCAUGAAUCUCCUCAAGCAUUACUAAGGGAGUGCGAUAGUAAGAGUGUUUCCAUGCCGAGUGUAGUUCCAGAUGUAAGAAGCGCAGAGAAUAAAAAGGCCAUUAUACGAAGCUCUUAUUUUAAGCACAAGCCAAUGGACGACAUUGUUGAAGAUGAUAAAGAAGACAAGUCCCUAGUGAAGAAUUAUGGUUCCACCGAUUCAUGCGAUAAAAUCAUAGUCAAGAGUUCUUAUAAGACAAGAACAGCAGACAACAAGAUCACCGUGAGGAGCUCUUAUUUUCGGCACAAAUCAGUAAACAAGAAUGAUGAAAUAAAUAUGCCUGAAAGACAAUUAGUUGAGGAUGAUGCAGCAACAGAUAUUGAUGUAAAAGAGAAUACCAUUCUUGAAAGUGCUUCUUGUGAGAAUAACAGCAUUGCAACGAAAAGGAAGAUCUCCCCAAAUGACACUGUCCAGAGAGAGAAUAUGAAAUCCAAACACAUGCGAGCAGAUGCAUCGCUUUCUGAAGAUGGCUGCGAUGCUCCGGAUCGUGAUGAAACAUUUGAGGGAACAAUGGCAGAAGGAGGAAAGUUUGGAUCAAACAUUUCACACUUAAAUCGUUAUAGUGGCAUAGCAGAGAAAUCAAUGGAGAAAUUUGUUUCAGUCAUAUCUUCUUUUAAAUUCCCCUCAUCUGGUUCUCGUGCUAGCGGUCUUCGUGCCCCUCUCAGAGAUAUUCGAAACACGUGUACCAGUAGGUCAGACAUUGACGCAGAUUUUAGUCGUUUUGCUUAUGUACCAAAGGACAAAAAGGCGAGUGCACCAUUGCGACGACGCUGAAGUGUGCAAGGGCGUAGGUUUAUGAGUCUUUUCAACUGCAGGAGCAAUUCUAAAUUUUAUCGGGUGUAGCAUUGCGACAGCUAAACAGUUUUGGUUGCAUUGAAGCUGCACAAUUGGCGCCUGCUGAUCAUAUUCAUGUAAGUUGAGAUGCUACACUUUGAUUCUUAUGUAAUUUGAUUUUCAUUUAUGAGAAACAUAUAUGAUUGUAAAAUGUCUCUGUAAAGAUGAACUUAAAUUUUAAGAAUGAAUCUUUAAAAGAUUAUUACUUUUCA